AUGUGUCUUCCCACCAGUCCUGUUGCCGGCUACAGCAUGCGUCCUUCCACCAGUCCUGUUGCUGGCUACGCCACAUGUCCUGGCAUCAGUCCUGUUGCCGGCUACAGCACGCGUCCUGCCAUGAGUCCUGUUGCCAGCCACAGCACACGUCCUGCUGAGAGUCAUGUUGCCAGCUACAGCACACUUCCUGCCACCAGACCUGUUGCUGACUACAUCAUGCGUCCUGCCACCAGACCUCUUGUUGGCUACAGCACAUUUCCUACCACCGGUCCUGUUGCCGGCUACAGAAUGCGUCCUGCCACCAGUCCUGUUGCCGGCUACAACACAUGUCCUGCCACCGGUCCUGUUGCCAGUUACAGCACGUGUCCUUCCACCAGUCCUGUUGUCAACUACAGCUUGCGUCCUGCCACCAGUAUUGUUGCCAGCUACAACACAUGUCCUGCCACCAGUUCUGUUGCCGGAUACAGCACGCGUCCUGCCACCAGUCCUGUUGCCGGCUACAGCACACGUCCUGCCACCAGACCUGUUGCCGGCUACAUCAUGCAUCCUGCCACCAGACCUCUUGCUGGCUAA